AUGUUCGGACCGUUCGAGAGCAGGAUCGUGGCCGAUGACGCAAAGUUCUUUACAUCCACCAUUGGGAAGAAGAAGUUGACUGUCCCGACACUUGCUCUGGGAGGCGAGGCGCUGAUGUCUUUCCUCACACGGCCCGCAUUUGAGAAUUUUACCGAGACUCUGGAAGUUGAUAUUGCGCCCAAAGCAGGACACUGGAUCACUGAUGAGAACCCCAUCUGGGUCGCCAACCGUGUCGCAAGCUUCCUUGCCAACGACACAUCUUCCUUGCCAGUCGCGAACCUUUCAAGCCUGAUGAACCAAGUGACGUUGACUGUGAGUCUUUACGGGACCCUGAGAAACUUUGCUUUGGCUGGGGGAGGUAUUCUGUAG